AUGUUCCACAAGGAUUUGGUAUCUAAUUCUCAUCGUUGUUCUUAUUAUGAUGGAGCAUCUAUCCUACUCUAUAGUAUUGAACACUACAAAGAUGUUUUGUAUUCUCUAUUUGGUGAGAGGUUUCUGAAUAAAAUCAAAUUAGAUUUUUCAAAUCUAUUUGAAGAAGAUAUAUAUAACCAUAUUGAUAUUUUGGGUUUUGGUAGUAUUAAUGGGACACUUUGUCUACAUCAAUAUGAAACUGAUAAUUAUGGCAAAACUGAUAAUUAUGGCAAAACUGUAUUGUGGAACCCAACCACCCAAACAAUCAAACAUCUUCCACCUAGUAUGGAUGAGUCGAUUGUCACUAGAGAAGAUGAGGAUGGUUUUUUUGAUAUUUCUGUUAAGGCCCGUCUUCAUGGAUUUGGUUAUAACCAUGUUACAAAUGACUAUAAUGUCAUUCGGCAUGUAAAAGUUUUUAUAAAACCAAAUUCAUCAACUGAUUACGGAGGUAACUUCAAAGAAAUUGUAUCUUAUCGGUUUGGAGAUAUUAAUUCACCAAAAUGGGAGAUAUAUAGCCUGAUAAGUAAUUCGUGGAGAGAACUUGAUGCUGUCAUGCCGUAUUCUAUGGAAUGUAAAAAGGGAACCCAAGUCUAUAUGGACGGUGUGUGUCAUUGGUUGUGUAAACAAUAUAAAAAAUAUAGGCACAACAAAAAUUAUAGGCCCGUUGGACCUUGUUUGGUAUCAUUUUACUUGAGCAAUGAAGCGUCCUUCACAACACCCAUUCCCCCGGAAGUAGAUGAUUGUUUUGAUGAUAGCGCAAAGUGGAUAAACUUGGUGGUGUUAAAUGGGUCCAUAGCAUUGAUCACAUAUCAUAAAGAGAUGACUACUUUUCGUGUAUCGAUUUUGGGUCAACUCGGUUUCAAAGAAUCUUGGAUCAAACUCUUCAUGGUUGGACCGUUGCCUUACGUUGAGCGUCCUAUCGGAGUGGGGACAAAGGGGAAAAUAUUCUUCAUAAUAAAAGAUAAAGAAGUAGCUUGGUUUGAUUUGAGUAUCCAUAUGAUUGAGGAGCUUGGUUAUAGAGCAGAGACUAUUCGUUGUAGGAUAAUAAAUUGCAAGGAAAGCAUUCUUCCAUUUGAGGAAUAA